GGAACUGAGCAAAAAGCGGAAGGAAGGAGACGGCAAGCCAGCGCCGAACUCCAUCGAUCGGUGGGAGGAAGGGGAAGAAGGCCUCUGAUAGCGCGUGCGCUGCGGGGAGAUGUGGCGGAGGCGGCUGGGCGUGCUCCUUCUCCGAUCCCCGCCGUCGUCCUCCUCCACAGCCGCCUCUUCUUGCCAGAGCCGCCGCCACCACCUCCUCCCCAGCGAGGAACCUCUUGCGCUCAAUCGUCUUGCCAGGCUCUUCACGUCCCAAGCUGGAAGUGAUGGUGGCCAUUCCCGGAAGCCGUUCGUUGCUUUUGUCUUAGGGGGUCCUGGGAGUGGCAAAGGAACACAAUGCAGUAAGAUCGCUUCGGAUUUCGGGUUUGCCCAUUUGAGCGCUGGCGACCUUCUACGCCACGAAAUAGCGUCUGGCAGUGAGAAAGGGCAGUUGAUCCUAGACAUCAUUAAGGAAGGGAGGAUUGUCUCGUCAGAGAUAACUGUGGAACUCAUCAGAAAAGCUAUGGAAACGAGCAAUGCCGAUAAGGUUCUUAUUGAUGGCUUCCCAAGGUGUGAGGAAAACAGAAUCACCUUUGAAAGAAUUGUUGGAACAGAACCAGACAUUGUGGUUUUCUUUGACUGUCCUGAGGAUGAGAUGGUUAAACGCCUUCUAGGCCGUAACCAGGGGCGGGUUGAUGAUAACAUCGAGACAAUUAAGAAGCGUCUAAAAGUGUUUGAGAGUUUGAAUAUUCCUGUUGUUGACUACUACUCUUCUAGAGGAAAGGUUCACAAGAUAAAUGCCACGGGUACAGCAGAUGAAAUCUUUGAAGCAGUCCGCAGGCUCUUCUCUUCCUUAAGGUUCUGACGAGGAGUCGAGGAUACUGUCUUUGAAGGAAUUCGUGGAGUUUGCUUAGGAACUAUCUAGUAUUUAAUUGUCUUAAAGCCAGUGCCCACUUUGCACCGUCUAAAUAUUUGGUGCAGUAAUUGUACAUACACGCUACAUCUUUACCUAAUAAUACCCACGAAAACACAGAUGACUUGUGAGUUAUGAAACAUGAGACAUGGAGCCUGAAGGUUGUCCUGCAUAAUAGGCAUUAUGUUUUAACCUAUUUUCCCCUAAAUUUUACAGGCAUUAAGCUC